AUGAUUAAAUAUAUCAAAGGUGAUCUAUUUACACAUACCCCAUCUAGUCGUUCGGCUAUUUCAAUCUUUGCUCAUGCUUGCAAUUGUCGUGGUUCAUGGGGUGGAGGAAUAGCUACAGUCUUUUAUCGAAAAUUUCCUUCCGCCUACAAAAUAUAUGCAGAUUAUUGUAGCACGCAUGCAGAUGACCCAUCUAAGCUAUUAGGGACAACUCUAUUGAUUCCUUCGAGUUCUAGUGAUCCUGGUAAUGAAAAUGGUCAAAAAAUAGUUUAUGUAGCGUGUCUUUUUACAAGUGAUUUUUACGGAAAGAAGAAGUUAACCCCUGGCGAUAUAGCUGCCAAUACUGACUUAUCGAUGAAGGAUUUGGAUACCCAAUUGGAACUGCUCAAAGAGGAAAAAGAGAUCGAAUCUACAGAUCAGGGUGAGGUGGUUGUCAAUAUGCCAAAAAUAAAUGCUGGUCUUUUCGCCGUUCCAUGGGAAAUUACAGAAGAUGUGUUAAAUAAAUUCAACAACCUCCAUAUCAAUGUAUACGUGGUAGAUUAG